AUGGCCCCAGUUGCAACCGGAGAGAUGGCACCAAUGCAUCUACCCGUCUAUAAGUCGAAGUCUUCUUCGGUCACUGCCUCUGUCUUGCAUGGCCCGAGGGAUCUGCGAUUGGAAACGAGAUCGAUCCAAGAGCCGAGUGUUGGGGAGCUGCAGAUCUCCGUCAAGCGGACCGGCAUCUGCGGGUCCGAUGUCAGCUACUACAAGAAGUUUGCCAACGGAGACCUCUGCGCGUGCCACCCGCUCUCCCUGGGCCACGAGUCUUCGGGCGAGGUCGUUGCCAUCGGUCCCCAGGUCACAGGCUUCAAACUUGGCGACAGAGUCGCUCUCGAGGUCGGCGUUCCAUGCGGCCAGUGCACCAUCUGCCGCAAAGGCCGAUACAACCUUUGCAAGAAGAUGAGGUUCAGAUCCAGCGCCAAAAGCGUCCCCCAUUAUCAAGGCACUCUCCAGGAACGGAUCAACCACCCGGCGGCAUGGUGCCACAAGAUCCCGGACCACGUGUCUUACGAAGCAGCGGCUCUCCUCGAGCCCCUGUCCGUGGCGAUCCAUGCCGUCAACAGGGCGAAGCCCGAACCAGGAUCCACGGCCUUGGUCAUUGGGGCGGGGACCGUCGGCCUGUUGACGGCAGCAAUGGCCCGCCAAGCCGGCUGUGCGCAAGUCACAAUCACUGAUGUCGAUGCCGGCCGAGUCGAGUACGCAGUCGAGAAGGGCUUUGCCACGCACGGCCACGUCGUCAACAGCAACUCGGGCACCUCGACGCCCGCAGACCCGGGAGUCAUGACCCCCGCCAGCAUCUUCUCGGUCCAGAGUGUCCAGGGCAAGUUUGAAGGCGCCAAAUCGUUGGCUGCAGAGAUCCUCGCCCUCACCAAAGUCCCGGAAGAGGUCGACAUGGACUGCGAAGACGACGGUGUCGACGUCACGUUCGAGUGCACCGGGAAGGAAGUCUGCAUGCAGACCAGCCUAUACGCCACGAGACCGGGCGGCAAAGUCGUUAUGGUGGGCAUGGGCACCCCCGUCCAGACGCUCCCAUUGUCCGUCGCGCACCUGAGGGAGAUCGACAUCCUCGGCAUCUUCCGUUACGCCAACACGUACCCGACGGGCGUCCGUCUGCUCUGCGCCAAGGGCAACGGCGGCCUUCCCUGCCUGGACGAUAUGGUCACCCACCGGUUUAAAGGCCUCCACAACGCUUCGAAGGCCUUUGAGCUGGCGAGCCGGACGUGCGAUGACGAGGGCAAGCUGGUUCUCAAGGUCGUCAUCGAGGCCUGA